CAUAAGGAUUAUAAAUAGCUCCUAAUUGUAUCCAUAUUUCACAAGAAACUCAUCGUCGUAGCAAUGAUGAAAAUCAAGCAUGCUAUCUUCUUGUGCUUAUGUGCAAUGCUUCUAAUCUCUAUUGUGGCAAUUGAGCCUUAUGAAGAUGAGAAUCAAUUUGGUGAAAUAGAGAAAUCAAUGAGAAACAUGGGACAAUGGAAUGGUGGAUACAAAAACAAAGGUGUUUACAUUGAUGGACCUUUAACCAAUGGUGAAGGCCGUGGUGAAAACAGGCCACUCUUUCCCGAUUGCGAGAAAGACAGUGGCAGUGAAGGUGGAGAUUGUGGCGGACACGGGACCGAGGCCAGUGGUGGAAUAAAGAGCAGCAAUGAAAACGCCAUUCCUAUUCCUAUUCCUCCACUGGACACAACUACAAAUCGUUGGUGGACACGCGGACCACCAAAGGAGGAACGCAUAUAGAUGUAUCAUGUAUUCAUGGUGCCACAUUAUAUAAUAUAAUGUCAUAAGAAAUGUAAAAUAAAGCUGGGACUAAUGUAAUUGUUAAAUGAAAUAAAAAUUAUAAAAUUUAUGGAGUAAA